AUGCCUGAAAACACCCUUGAUGGACCCACGCUGCGUGCAUUUACAAUCCCUAGUGCUGUCCAUGACACCAUUUCGAAUAACGGAAGCAGCGGCCACUCCUCACACGUGUCCAAGUUGAGUCCGUCAACGCCUUCCACUUUGCCAUCUCCCUUCGUUCCGGAACGUCCCAGAGAUACGCUCUUACAAUCCACGAUCAACACGAUUUCGUCUGCAGUCCGAAUCAGCUCGUUCAACGCUCCGGAUCUCGAUCUGCAUGUACCACUCACACUCGCUGUACGCCGUCACGGCGCAGCUCUCCCUUUAGGCCAGAACGCCCCGGGAAUACACCCCUCAGUCAACGGUCCAGUUCACUGCACCUCUUUGGCAACACUCCGGAUCUCAACCCCAGUGCACUACUCACACUCGCUACACGCCAUCGCAGUGCAUCCAUCUCCUCAAUCCAGUUACCUACUCACACUGACAACGCUCACGCCCACACUCUUAGCCAAUCAAUCUCACAACCUGUCUCACCCCUAA